AUGCCUAUUGCGACCCCCGCCCUGUCCACAGUUCUCGACGAAGCUGCCAAGGACUUUGUCGCGUCGAACCCGACAAGCAAAGCAACAAACGAUACGGCUUCUUGUUCCUUGCCUGGAGGCACAACCCGUAAUGUGGUCCACAUGAAACCUUUCCCCGUGGUCCUGGCAAUGGGUGAGGGCUCCUACCUCACGGACGUCGACGGACACAAAUACCUUGACCUAUGCGCCGAGUACAGUGCCUGUAUGUUUGGUCACUCACAUCCGGUGAUCAAGAGAGCCAUCCACGAUGCCGUCGAGCAAGGGUUUGCCCUCGGCGGUGUAAACCGGUACGAGGGUAGAUUGGCCAAACUUUUCUGCGACCGUUUCAAGACCAUGGACAAGGUUCGCUUUUCAAACUCGGGAACAGAGACGAACAUGACCGCCCUCGCCCUCAUCAAGGCAUAUACCGGCCGUAGCAAGAUCAUUGUCUUCGAAGGCGGAUACCACGGCGGCCUAGCAACAUUCACAUCCCAAAGUUCCAUGAACAUGAAGUCGAGCGGGAAAAAGACGAUGAAUGCGCCUCAUGACUGGGUUGUGGUCCCGUACAACGACAUCCCCGCCCUCGAAGCAGCCGUAUCCGAGAACAAGGCCGACCUGGCGUGCAUAUUUCUUGAGUUGAUGCAAGGAUCCUCCGGCUGUACACCUGCGGACGUCGACUUUGUCGAGGCGUGCCGGUCCCUCGCCACCGGAGCCGACGCGGUUCUGUUCUUCGACGAAGUCAUGACCAGCCGCAUGAGCGUCCACGGCUACCAGGACAUUCUCAGCGUGUACCCGGACAUGACCAGUUUGGGAAAGUAUUUUGCCGGAGGAGGGCAGAAUUUCGGCGCGUUCGGAGGCAAGGCCGAAAUCAUGGACAUGCUCGAACCCGGGUUUUCUGGUGGCGGUGGUGGAGUGUACCACAGCGGAACGUUCAACAACAACGUCACAACCAUGGUGACCGCCACGGCCGUGCUCGAGGAAGUUUGGACAGAAGGUGAGGCGUGCGAAUUGUUUGAAAAGGGAGUUUGGCUUCGUGACAAGUUGAAUGAUUUGGCCACGCGGCGUAAGUCGAGAAUGUAUGUCACUGGCACCGGGAGUCUGAUGGCCGUUCAUUUCAGAGAGAUUGAGAUUGCGAUCGACGACGGGUCUAAGCUUCAGGCUCGAGCAGAAGACCUGAAGGAAUUGUUCUUCUUCGACAUGCUCAAAAGGGGCGUGUUCCUCGCGCGCCGGUUGAUGAUCAGUCUGAUGAUCAUCACGUCCAGGGAGGAGCUACAGACGUUUUUGAAUGCCGUCGACGAAUUCCUGUGCGAGCGAGCCGAGUUUGUCGAACUGAAGUGA